UGAUGCAAAACAUUUUGGGACUAUAUCAACAAUGGACUAAUAAAACAAAUACCAAGAGUUUUUGGGUGGAGUGUUCCUUUAGAGGGAAAGUAAUCCAAAAGUAACUGAAAAUAAUCAGAUUAGUUACUGAGUUUGGUGUAAUCCAAAAGUUGUCACUGAUUGAAAUUCUGGACAGGUAACUAGUAACUAACACAUUACAUUUUAGAAAGGAGCCUAACCUACCCAACCCUGUUCCCUCUGUCUCUCUGUGUGUGUGUUGUGUCCAAAUGUGUGGCGUCCUUGGGAUGCCAGUCCUUGCACUUCUGAAUACGGGCUACCUCCUCGAAUUCCCCACAGUAGCCUAUAAACCCAUGUUCAUGCAUCAAAAAAAGGCGAGGAGGACGCACAACCAACCAGUGUGAAGUGCAAGCUAUAGCUGUGUUCUUUUCCACUGCGCAAAAAAAAAUCUAAUUUCCAGUCAGUUUUCAAUUUUUGGGUUCCAGGUGAAGGCCUAACCUGUGCUUCAUAGCCUAAACGCAGGAUUGUGGGGGUGAGGGUACCCAUGUGCAAAGAUGUCAGACGAGAGACAGGUGAUGCGCUCUCUGCAUGCAUCCCGUCUUCAACAGAGGGAGCACAGCCUCGGAACGUGCCGUCGAACAGCAUGAGGUGAGGGAUUCUUCCGCUCAUCAUAUCUAAGCAUAACAGGGACCAUGAAAGCAGCAGAGCGGAGAUUUGAGCAGCUGUAUCGUCCUACGGAUACUUCAGACAUCCUUUCACUCGAAAAGCGUUCUCUUCUUACCGACGUUGAAUGACGAGGCGGAAUGGCAGGUGGACGUCGAGGACUUGUGGCCCCACAAAACACUUUUCUCGAGAACAUCGUCCGACGAUCCAAUGAUACCAACUUUGUUCUGGGCAAUGCCCAGAUUGUGGACUGGCCCAUUGUGUACAGCAACGACGGCUUCUGCAAGCUCUCCGGUUACCACCGUGCUGAGGUCAUGCAGAAAAGUAGCACCUGCAGUUUCAUGUAUGGGGAGCUCACAGACAAGGAGACGGGUGAGAAAGUGCGACAGACCUUUGAGAAUUAUGAGAUGAAGUCGUUCGAAAUCCUCAUGUAUAAGAAGAAUCGGAUGCCGGUGUGGUUCUUUAUAAAGAUCGCUCCUAUCAGGAAUGAGCAGGACAAGGUGGUGUUGUUUCUGUGCACCUUCAGUGACAUCACUGCAUUCAAACAGCCCAUUGAGGAUGACUCUGUGAAAGGAUGGGGUAAAUUCGCUCGACUCACACGGGCUCUGACCAGCAGCCGGGGAGUGUUGCAGCAGCUGGCGCCCACCGUCCACAAGGGCGAGAACGUCCACAAGCACUCUCGUCUGGCUGAGGUCCUCCAGCUGGGCUCAGACAUCCUCCCGCAAUACAAGCAGGAGACGCCUAAAACUCCUCCCCACAUCAUCCUCCACUACUGCGCCUUCAAGACCACCUGGGACUGGGUCAUCCUCAUCCUGACCUUCUACACAGCCAUCAUGGUGCCCUACAAUGUCUCAUUCAAGACCAAGCAGAACAACGUCACCUGGCUGGUGGUGGACAGCAUCGUGGAUGUCAUCUUUCUGGUGGACAUCGUGCUCAACUUCCAUACCACGUUUGUGGGGCCAGCCGGAGAGGUCAUCUCGGACCCCAAACUGAUCCGGAUGAACUACGUCAAGACGUGGUUCGUCAUCGACCUGCUCUCCUGCCUGCCGUACGACGUCAUCAACGCCUUCGAGAACGUUGACGAGGGCAUCAGCAGUCUCUUCAGCUCCCUCAAAGUGGUCCGUCUGCUCCGCUUGGGCCGGGUGGCCCGUAAACUGGACCACUACAUUGAGUACGGGGCCGCUGUCCUGGUCCUGCUGGUGUGCGUCUUUGGCCUGGCUGCCCACUGGUUGGCCUGCAUCUGGUACAGCAUCGGCGACUACGAGGUCAUCGACGAGAACACCAACAGUGUGAGGAUGGACAGCUGGCUCUACAUAUUGAGCGAAUCGGUGGGGACACCGUACCGCUUCAACGCCAGUGGCUCUGGGAGGUGGGAGGGCGGGCCUAGCAAGGACUCAGUCUACAUCACUUCCCUCUACUUCACCAUGACCAGCCUGACCAGCAUCGGCUUCGGCAACAUCGCCCCCACCACCGACGGAGAAAAACUCUUCGCUGUGGCAAUGAUGAUGAUCGGAUCACUCCUGUAUGCCACCAUCUUCGGUAACGUGACCACCAUCUUCCAGCAGAUGUACGCCAACACCAACCGCUACCACGAGAUGCUCAACAGUGUCCGCGACUUCCUCAAGCUCUACCAGGUGCCCAAGGGCCUCAGCGAACGCGUCAUGGACUACAUUGUCUCCACGUGGUCCAUGUCUAGAGGCAUCGAUACAGACAAGGUGUUGCAGAUCUGCCCCAAGGACAUGCGGGCAGACAUUUGCGUCCAUCUUAACAGAAAGGUGUUCAAGGAGCACCCAGCCUUCCGACUCGCGAGCGACGGGUGCCUACGGGCUCUGGCCAUGGAGUUCCAGACCAUCCACAGUGCCCCCGGAGAUCUCAUCUACCACGCGGGAGAAAGCGUAGACAGCCUCUGCUUUGUGGUGUCCGGGUCCUUGGAGGUCAUCCAAGACGAUGAGGUUGUGGCCAUAUUAGGAAAGGGAGACGUGUUUGGGGACAUCUUCUGGAAGGAGGUGACCCUAGCCCAGGCUUGCGCCAACGUCCGGGCCUUGACUUACUGCGACCUCCACGUCAUCAAGCGUGAAGCUCUGCAGAAAGUUCUGGAGUUCUACACGGCCUUCUCUAACCACUUCUCCCGCAACCUGCUGCUCACCUAUAACCUCAGAAAGAGGAUAGUGUUCCGGAAGAUCAGUGAUGUGAAACGUGAGGAAGAGGAGAUGCUCAAGAGGAAUAAUGAGGCCCCUCUGAACCUUCCUCCGGACCACCCCGUCCGUCGCCUCUUCCAGCGCUUCCGGCAGCAGAGGGAGGCGCGACUGGCAGCAGAGCGAGCCUGUCAGGGGGAGCCACCAGACGUGGAGAAGGGCACUGUCCACCUGGAGCAAACCAAGAUCCACGAGGUCCUCGCCUCCACCAGCAUCAUCAUGGUGACCGAGAGCCCUGCCACUCCCACAGCUUCGUCCACAUUGUCAUCUUUGUCCUCCAGGCCCUCUAGCCGAGUCAUGCUUCAUGCCCCUGCCAUCCAAAAUGGCAACCUCGUAGGCUGCAAGUCCGCAGAGCCUGCGCCAAAGACCAAAAAGGGCUGGGGUCGUUUCAAGGAAUCCGUUGUGAAAGCAGAGUCAUGGAGCAGCGUUUCUAAGGCCGAGUCCAUGGAGACCUUGCCGGACAGGACUAAGUCCCAUAACGAGAUGUCUCUCAAGAAGACAGACUCUUGUGACAGCGGUAUUACCAAGAGCGACCUGCGCUUAGAUAACGUGGGUGACGCCCGCACUCCGCAGGACCGGAGCCCUGUGCAGUCAGAAGGGAAGCUGGUUGUCUGUCCUAUACCCGUACAGACCAUGCACGCCUCUUUCCUGGAGCUGAAGCAGGACCUUAGGGGAGACAUUGGGUCUCUUAAUGGCCGCAUGGCGGUGGUGGAGGCACAGCUGGCCGAGAUGCUUCAACUGCUAAAAUCGAAAAAGGCCUCUAGUUCGAGAAAGGCCUCUCGCUCAUCCAGUUUCUUUGAGAUGUCACGACCGGUAUCCCCCGAUUCCGAUAAGGACGACAGCUUCUCACAAUCUUGACACUGCAUGUUUUAGCAGGCUAUGCAAUGUUUCCCAACUCUAGUCCUUGAUUACCCCCAACAGUACACAUUUUUUUUGUAGCCCCGGACAAGCACACCUGAUUCAACUUGUUAAUUAUCAAGCCCUCAAUGAGUUGAAUCAGGUGAGUUUGUCCGGCGCUACACCAAAAAUGUGUGCUGUUGGCGGUACUCAAACUGGAGUUGUGAAACAUUGGUCUAUGGGACAUGAAGUGAAUACAUCCUAGAGUUCAUCCAGGAGCUGGCUGAGGUGUCGCAAAAAUCUGAGAGAGGUUUUGUGAAGACUUGGGCAAUAAGAUGUUCCCAAAUUAGUACAGAUGAGUAAUGAGGGAUUUUCUUACCCUUUUAUUAUUAUUAUUAUUAUUAGAUAUAGGGGUAAUCUGGAUAAAAAGAUGCACAUCUGGAUUAUCUCUGCACCUUGGGGAACAUACUGUAUGAUAUUCCAUGGAUCUACUUUUGUAGGGGUUUAAACUGUAAACAGCAUAAAUAACGCAUUUGUUGUCGAAUUUCUUUUCAAUUGGACUCAUUUUAGUUUUAACUUGGUCACACAUUUCUCAUGGUAAAACUAAAACCUUAAGGAGGUUUUCAUAAAAUCUGUGCACUCAAUUGAAAUUAGCAAUAAUAUUUUAUUGCAUUUAUAUAGUUUUUCACCAGGUCUCAAAGCACUUCACUUUGUAGGGGGUGAUGUGGUCCUGAUAACAUGAACACUGUGGAGCAACAGCGAAGAUGCACAUAUCUAAAAUGGCAUUGUCCAUGAAUGGAUUUGCUUUCGUUAUAGUUUGUCAAAGGUUAAUGCAUUACUGGGAUAAAGUACAAUCUUGUAAAUAAUGAUAGAUUGUUAUGUUGGAUAUCCAUCACUUCCCAAUGGCAGCAGGUACAUGUACAGUACAUGAGCACAGUUGCACAAUAUGAAAGUGUACCAUGUGUGGUAUAAUUUCAGUGGGAAAGCUGGAUAUUUAGAAUUUUUGUGUGUGUUAAAUGUCCUCGCAUGAUAACAUGUUUGGUCAUUAUAAUACGGUAUGUUGCAAAAUUUAAGUUACACCAAAAAUACAUGUUUGAGCCAUUUCUAAAAUAGCUGUUUUCACCCCAUCCAACCGUUAUGUUAUUUGGUUUUGUCCAGUCAACAACCAAACAAAUGUUGCUAUGCUAGCUCAAAGCACGCAUUGGGAACAACUGUAAACUUGUUUAGUAAUGCAAAUUUACAGAAGAAUACCUUGAAAGUAGUGUGGCUUGUUAUUUACGCCAUUGCUCUCUCUUUGUAUUAAAAUGAGGGGAAAAUCAUGAUUGUGAACUUUCAAUGUAUGGUGGAAACCAUGGCACCUUUUCAACCAACGUCCAUCCUGAAUUGUCAUGGGAAGAAGUCAAUCUCGACUAUGAAACCUUUGUGCAUUUCUGGUCAUCACUGUUGAUAUAAUAUGCAAAGUGUUGCCAUUUAUAUUGUGUCUCUAGCAUUUGUGUUGCAAUGUUAAAGGAGUAAAAUGAGAUACUUGCACAGACAGGUCCAGAAUUAUUGGUACCCUUGAUAAAGAUGAGGAAAAAUAAAUAAUACAUACUGAGAUAUAUUGUAUGCCAAACAAAAUUGGGGGAAAUUAUAUAUGUUAUACUAAUACAAUUGCUCAGAGAAAGAGAUUUUGUUUGACAAGUAAUAAUUGUUUUCUCGAAAAAAGGAUAGGGGUCAAAAUGAUUGGCACCCCUGUUUUUAAUACUUUGGCACCCUCCCCCUUGCGAGGAUAAUGGCACGGAGCCUUUUCAGAUUUCUUUUAUGAGAUUGGAGAACAUAUUGGGAGGGAUCGUAGACCAUUCCUCCAUACGGAAUCUUUCCAGGUCCUUGAUAUCCUUUGUCUGUGCUUAUGGACUGCCGGCUUCAAUUCAAACUACAGGUUUUUAUUGGGGUUCAAGUCCAUAGACAGAUGGCCAUUGCAAAAUAUUGAUUUUGUGGUCACUUAACCAUUUCCUUUGUGUAUUUUGAUAUGCGCUUGGUGUUGUUGUCUUGCUGGAAGAGCAACUUGCCAAGUUUCAUCCUCUUGGCAACCUGGUUUUUGGGAUAAAAUGUCCUGGUACUUGGUAAAGUUCAUGAUGCCGUUGACAUUAACAAGGGCCCCAGGACCAGUAGAAGCAAAAUAGCUCAUAAGAUCAAAAGAUCCACCACCAUAAAGUAGGUAUGAGGUUAUUUUCUGCAUAUGCUUUCUUCUUUUGAUGCCAAACCCAUCACACUCAUGUGCAGUAAAACAGGGAGCCAUGGAAGACCACAAUGCAGUUAUUUAAGGUGAGAUUAAUUUUAAAAAGUAGAAUGUUAAUGCAGAUUGUUUUCAUAAGAAUCUUUAGGGGUGCCAUUAAAAUUGAGAUAUAUUCUUUUUCUCUGAGCAAUUGUAUUAGUAUAAAAUAAUGUAAACAUUUGAGCAUACAAUAUAGCUCAGGAUUUGUACAUACAGUGCGUCCGGAAAGUAUUCAGACCCUUUGACGUUUUCCACAUUUCAUUACAUUAUUACAACCUUAUUUUAAAAUUGAUUAAAUUGUUUUUCCCCAUCAUCAAUCUACAUAGAAUACCCCAUAAUGACAAAGUAUAAAUGUAUAAACAACAACGGAAAUUUCACAUUUACAUAAGUAUUCAGACCCUUUACGCAGUACUUUGUUGAAGCACCUUUUGCAGCAAUUACAGCCUUGAGUCUUCUUGGGUAUAAUGCUACAAGCUUGGCACACCUUUAUUUAGGAGUUUCUCCCAUUUUUCUCUGCAGAUUCUCUCAAGCUCUGUCAGGUUGGAUGGGGAGCACCGCUGCACAGCUAUUCUCAGGUCUCUCCCGAGAUGUUAGAUUGGGUUUAAGUCCGGGCUCAGGCUGGGCAUUCAGAGACUUGUCAUGAAGCCAUUCCUGCAUUGUCUUGGCUGUGUGCGUAAGGUCGUUGUCCUGUUGAAAGGUGAACCUUCACCCCCAGUCUGAGGUCCUGAGUGCUCUGGAGCAGGUUUUCAUUAAGGAUCUCUGUACUUUGCUCCGUCCAUCUUUGCCUCGAUCCUGACUAGACUCCCAGUCCCUGCCGCUGAAAAACAUCCCCACAACAUGAUGCUGCAACCUCCAUGCUUCACCAUAGGGAUGGUGCCAGAUUUCCUCCAGACGUGACACUUGGGCAUUCGGCCAAAGAGUUCAAGCUUGGUUUCAUCAGACCAGAGAAUCUUGUUUCUCAUGGUCUGAGAGUUCUUUAGGUGCCUUUUGGCAAAACUCCAAGCGGGCUGUCAUGUACCUUUUUACUGGAGGAGUGGCUUCCAUCUGGCCACUACCAUAAAAGUCCUGAUUGGUGGAGUGCUCCAGAGUUCCAUCUCUACAGAGGAACUCUGGAGCUCUGUCAGAGUGACCAUUGGGUUCUUGGUCAACUCCCUGACCAACGACCUUCUCCCCCAAUUGCUCAGGUUGCCCGGGCGGCCAGCUCUAGGAAGAGUCUUGGUGUUUCUAAACUUCUUCCAUUUAAGAAUGAUGGAGGCCACCGUGUUCAUUUCUGCAGCUUCAAUGCUGCAGAAAUGUUUUUGUACCCUUCCCCAGAUCUGUGCCUCGACACAAUCCUGUCUCUGAGCACUACAGUAAAUUUCUCAUGGCUUGAUUUUUGCUCUGACAUGCACUGUCAACUGUGGGACCUUUAUAUAUAAACAGAAGUGUGCCUUUUCAAAUCAUGUCCAAUCAUUUGAAUUUACCACAGGUGGACACCAUUCAAGUUGUAGAAACAUCAAAGGAUGAUCAAUGGAAACAGGAUGCACCUGAGCUCAAUUGAGUCUAAUAGCAAAAGGUCUGAAUACUUAAAUAAAAAAACAUACCUUAUUUACACAAGAUAUUUUCCAAGAUUUCAAAAAAGAAACUUUUCGCUUUGUAAUUAUGGGGUAUUUAAUCCAUUGUAUAAUAAGGCAGUAACGUAACAAAAUGUGGAAAAAGUCAAGGAGUCUGAAUAGUUUCCGAAUGCACUGUAUACAGUCUUUUUUGCUUAUCUUUGUCAAGGGUGCAAAUAAUUUUGCAUAUAAUGUAUAAGGAAUAUAAAUCAGAAAAUACUCAGUUGCACUUUUGCCAUUUAAAGAAACAUUGUAGUCAAUGCACGAGAACUGCACCUGAAUUUGUAUUUUCCUUGAGCAAAUAUAAAAAGACAUUGAAAAUGAAUCAGUAUCUCCCAAUGCUGGCCCUUGACACUCCCACUCCCUUUCUACACAUUUGAUAUUCAUGGAAUAACACCAAUAAUUAAAAUGAGAAAACAAAUUGGAUUCAACUCAUUUAACCCUGGCUUUGAAUCUUCGGUGUAUUUCCUGCAGCCUUGUUCGUUGUGCACAUGAUUGCACUUGACCUUAAAACUGUAAUAACAAUGUAUGCACUGUUCUAAAAUGUCAGAUUUGGAGGAAUACUAAUAAUGAAUAGUAAGGAAAGUUCACACCCCUUGCCUUUUUACAUAUUUUGUUGUGUUACAGCAUGAAUUUAAAAUUUAUUAUAUUUAGAUAUUUUUUGUCACAAAUUAUGGAAUUGUUUUUAGACAUGUUUACAAAAAUGAAAAGCUUAAAUGUCUUGAGUCAAUAAGUAUUCAACCCCUUUGUUAUGGCAAGCCUAAAAAAGUUCAGGAGUAAAAAUGUGCUUAAGUCACUGUGUUCAAUAAUAGUUUUUAAACAUGAUUUUAGAAGGACUACCUCUGUACCCCACACAUACAAUUAUCUGUAAGAUCCCUCAGUUGAAGCUGUGAAUUUUAACCACAAAGAAGAGGGAGGUUUUGCAAUGCCUCGCAAAGGGGACCUAUUGGUAGAUGGGUAAAAAACACACACACACAAAACAGACCAUGAAUAUCCCUUUAAGCAUGGUCAAGUUAUUAAUUACAUUUGGUAUGUUGUAUCAAUACACCCAGUCGCUACAAAGAUACAGGCGUCCUUCCUAACUCAGUUGCCGGAGAGGAAGGAAACCACUCAGGGAUUUCACCAUGACGCCAAUGGUGACUUGAAAACAUAGUUUAAUGGCUGUGAUAGGAGGAGAAAACAACGGAGGAUGGAUCAACAACAUUGUUAAUUAGGUUAUUACUGUGGAAUAACUACAGACUGAAGAGAAAAGCCUGCACAGAAGAAAAACAACAUUCCAAAACAUGCAGUUAAGUAAAUAUUGCAAAAGUAAUACUGCAAAAAAUGUGGCAAAUUUUGUCCUGAAUACAAAGUGUUACUGAGUAGCACUCUACAUAUUUUCAAGCAUAGUGGUGGCUGCAUCGUGUUAUGGGUAUGCAUGUAAUCGUUAAGGACUGGGGAAUUUUUCAGAACAAGAAAUAAAUGGAAGGAGCUAAGCACAGGCAAAAUCCUAGAGGAAAACCUGGUUCAGUCUGCUUUCCAGCAGACACGGGGAGAUUAAUUCACCUUUCAGCAGGACAAUAACCUAAUCCACAUGGCCAAAACUACAGCGGAGUUGCUUACCAAGAAGACAGUGAAUGUUCCUGAGUGACCAAUUUACAGUUUUGACUUAAAUCUGCUUGAAAAAUCUAUUGCAAGACCUGAACAUGGUUGUCUAGCAAUAAUCAACAACAAAUUUGACAGAACAUUUUUGAAAAUAAUACAUGGGAAAUUGCACAAUCCAGGUGUGGACAGCUCUAAGAGACUUACCCAGAAAUACUCACUACUGUAAUCGCUGCCAAAAUUGUGAUUCUAACAUCAAAUCAAAUUGUUUGUGGAAUACAACAGGUAUACAACCUUACAGUGAAAUGCUUAUUACAAGCCCUUAACCAACAAUGCAGUUAUGUAAAAAAUAGAUAAUUAUUUGUUAUAUAAAAAAAAACUUUUUAAGAGCAGCAGUGAAAUAACAGUAGUGAAGCUAUAUUCAGGGGGUACCAGUACAGAGACAACGUGCGGGGGCACAGGUUAGUCGAGGUAAUAUGUACAUGUAGGUAGAGUUAGUGACUUAUGUAUAGAUAAUAAACUGAGUAGCAGCGUAACAGGGGGGGGGGGCAAUGCAAAUAGUCUGGGGGUAGCCAUUUGAUUAGCUGUUCAGGAGUCUUAUGGCUUGGGGGUAGAAGCAGUUAAGAAGCAUUUUGGACCUAGACUUGGCGCUCCGGUACCGCUUGCCAUGCAGUAGCAGAGUGAACAGUCUAUGACUAGGUGGCCGGAGUCUGUGACCAUUUUUAGGGCCUUCCUCUGACACCGCCUGCUAGAAAGGUCCUGAAUAUAGUAGGAAGCUUGGCCACAGUGAUGUACUGGGCCGUACGCACUACCCUCUGUAGUGCCUUGUGGUCAGAGGCCGAGCAGUUGCCAUACCAGGCAGUGAUGCAACCAGUCAGGAUGCUCUCGAUGGUGCAGCUGUAGAACUUUGAGGAUCCGAGGACCCAUGCCAAAUCUUUUCAAUCUCCUGAGGGGGUAUAGGCUUUAUCGUGUCCUCUUCACGACUGUCUUGGUGUGUUUGGACCAUGAUAGUUUGUUGGUUAUGUGGACACCAAGGAACUUGAAGCUCUCAACAUGUAUCGACUCAGGUGGUUGAAUACUUAUCUAAUCAAGAAUGUGUUUCAUCUUUAUUCACAAAUGUUAAAAUUUGUCUUAUACUUAAGAGCAGUUUGUGUAUAUUGUUGACUAAAAAAUGACAAUGAAAUCCAUUUUAAUCCCACUUCAACAAAAUGUGGAAAAAGUAUAGGUGCAUGAAUACUUUCUAAAGGCACUGUACAUGUUAUUCUAUUCACAUACUGUGACAAAGAUGAGUAUUUGUAAAAAGUGUAUAAUGUUCAUAUUAAAUUAUUUUGUACUUUG